CCCACCUGGCUAAGUUCAAAUUGUCCCCCGUAACAGUACAUAGUACGUACCUAGGUACUUAAGGCGCUAAAAACGCACGGGGCACUUAAACGGUGAAUGGACGGGCUCCUUGAUUGACGCAGCAGCCUGCGGCUUGUCUCAAUUCUCUUUCUACAUCACCACAGCAUCAACCGCCAAACCGACGAAUCUUUUCAUAAUAUCAUCGUCCCCUUGGCCCCAAGUCCUCUUCAUUUCGCCAACUCCGCAUCCAUCUCCAUCCAUUCAACCUACGCUUCCCCUUGACCUUCGACACUCUUAUCAGCGCCCACUUGUUCCGAACGCCUUUGUUAUCUUAUUCAGCCUGCGCAUUCAUUCACAAGCGGCCGUCAAGAUGAAUCCCGAGUAUGUUUGCCCCCUAUUCUGUUUUUAUAUAUCGUCCCGCCGCAAAUUACAUCGGCAUGAUCCUCUUCCAACACUAUCGACCUUAUAACAUAAAACAUCAUGGCAUCUCAUAAUACUCGUCAAGUGUCUGGUCUUCAGCCGGCGAACCAAGCCAAGCUCCAGGACGUCUUACAUCGCGAACCAGGUCCGCUAACUCGUCGUGUUCCUAGAUACGACUACCUCUUCAAGCUUCUCCUCAUCGGUGACUCCGGUGUUGGAAAGUCUUGUCUUCUGUUGCGAUUCGCCGACGAUACCUACACCGAAUCGUACAUCUCUACCAUCGGUGUUGACUUCAAAAUCCGAACCAUCGAGCUUGAUGGAAAGACCGUCAAGUUGCAGAUUUGGGACACCGCUGGACAAGAACGAUUCCGAACUAUCACCUCCUCCUACUACCGAGGCGCUCAUGGUAUCUGCGUUGUCUACGAUGUCACCGAUAUGGACAGCUUCAACAACGUCAAGCAGUGGCUACAAGAGAUUGACCGAUACGCUACGGAAGGUGUCAACAAGCUGCUCGUAGGCAACAAGAGCGAUAUGUCGGAUAAGAAGGUCGUUGAGUACACAGUUGCAAAGGAAUUCGCUGACAGCCUUGGCAUCCCCUUCCUCGAAACCUCAGCCAAGAAUGCCUCCAACGUUGAACAAGCCUUCUUGACUAUGGCCCGACAAAUCAAGGAACGAAUGGGAUCGCAAGCUACCACGAACACCAAGCCCGGCGUGCAAGUCGGACCUGGCCACAGUGUCUCGAACUCGUCCAGUGGUGGCUGCUGCUAAAGCAGCAAAUUUUGAUACCCUCGUACAACGGCAUCCUCACAUGCAUUUUGAUUUCCGAUUUCCUGGGACGGACUGGCAGUAGAGGCAUGCAUAUGGACAGGAUGGCAAGGUGGGAUGUGUUUACUUUCCGUUUUUGAUUGCGGAUAGAUGAAAUGGUCACUUCACUUUGGAUGAUUCCUACCUAAAUCGGCCCCAAAAUCGUUCUACGGAUAAAAAAAACAUCCCAAAUUCUGGCAUGUGAGAGCGGGUUCAUCUAAUGGUCGAGGAGUUGGGAAGAGGAGGCUCACGGCAAGGCUACUCUUCUCCCUCUUCUGUUCUCUCAUCGUCGUCGUCAUCAAUGUUACGUACUAAUGCGAAUUUCCUCUCAUGACUCCGGGCGAAGCCUGUUUGUACUAGAAUUUGUGUCCGGUUGCUUUUACUACUAGAACAAGAAACCUUCUCUAGCAUUUCUGCGGAAUGAAAUCGAGGUUUUAGAUGAAUUUUACUUGCUACUUUACGUUUGUGCUCAUGUGUAUCUUCUAUACGAGAUAGUAACGAAAUAGGGGAAAUAGGUGUUCUUUCGUUUGAGUCGUUUAGAAUCGUUAAGGUCUUCUAGUUCAUAGUUCUCUGUUCCUUCCGGUGUAACGUAUCUUGCAAUUCACGCACGUAUAAAAGUCUUGACGUUUUUAUCA